GAGAACCAGGAUGUCAGUCUGGUGGUUCUGCUUUCGUUCAGGGAGCUGAACUUGAUCAGAGAUGAGCGGCUCAGUCUCCUCUCGCUGCUCCAUGUUUUCCAUCCAACAUUACAGAAGGUCACAGCAGAGGAGCUCGCCGUCUGUAACGUUUUGUUCAUCUUUGACGGCCUGGACGAAAGCAGACUUUCUCUGGAUUUCAACAACAAUGAGGUCGUAUCUGAUGUCACACAGACGUCAUCAGUCAACCUGCUGCUGACAAACCUCAUCGAGGGGAAUCUGCUGCCCUCGGCUCUCGUCUGGAUCACUUCCCGACCCGCGGCAGCCAAUCAGAUCCCUCCUGCACGUGUUGACAGGGUAACAGAAGUACGAGGCUUCACCGACGCCCAGAAGGAGGAGUACUUCAGGAGGAGAGUCGGCGAUGAAGAGCUGUCCAGCAGAAUCAUCUCACACAUCAAGACAUCCAGGAGCCUCCACAUCAUGUGUCUGAUCCCAGUCUUCUGCUGGAUCACGGCUACAGUUCUGGACCACAUGUUGACCACAGAGCAGAGAGGAGAGCUGCCCAAGACCCUGACCGACCUGUACUCACACUUCCUGCUGGUUCAGACAAAGAGGAAGAAGCACAAGUAUGAUGAGGGACACGAGACGAGUCCACGGGAGCUGACGGAGGCUGACAGGGAAGUUCUUCUGAAGCUGGGGAGGCUGGCGUUUGAACAUCUGGAGAAAGGAAACAUCAUGUUCUACCAAGAAGACCUGGAGCGAUGUGGUCUGGAUGUCACAGAGGCCUCGGUGUACUCGGGAGUUUGUACCCAGAUCUUCAGAAGAGAGAGCGUGAUCUUCCAGAAAACCGUCUACUGCUUCGUCCAUCUGAGCGUUCAGGAGUUUCUGGCUGCA